GAUGUCUACGAUCGCAUGGCCACUGUCCACGUCGGGCCCGACGGCGGAUUGAAGAAGAAGUUUCAGGUCUACCGCGGGCUGCUGUGCUUCCACUCAUCCUACUUCGAUAGACUUCUUAAUGGCCAAUUCCGCGAAGGCGGCUCCAACUACAUCAGGCUCAACGAUACUACCGUGGAGAUAUUCCAGGCAUUCUUCUUUUGGUUGAACACCGGCAAGCUCUGUGCACCAGCAGGCGACAAAAUCCCUCUCAGCACCCAAACCAUUGCGCAGAUUUACGUCUUCGGCGAUUCAAAGCUUAUACCGCGGCUCAAGAAUGCAGCUCUUGAGCUUUUCGUAGCCAAGGCCCACGAGGAAUGGAUGUUCCCCAGAAACGAGUUGGAUUACAUCUACGGCAAUACAACCGAGAACUGUGGACUGCGAAGAUUUAUGGUCGAAUUUGCUGUCAAUAUGUCCCGCUGGGAAGACUUGGACGGGUAUCGUCAUCUGUAUCCCAAGGAUUUCCUCGUCGAUGUUCUUGUGACGAUGCGAGGCAAGACUAUGCACUUCGGAACCGCGGCGAUGUCGAAAGUCCGAUGGAUCGCAAUGACGCAAGCUCGGAUGUGCAGGUAUCAUGAUCACACUGAGCCGAUUGCAAAUGCGCAGAAGGAGUGA